UGUGACACUGAAUACUCGUACGGUUGUGCCCUCGUGGGGAUGGUUAAUGGUGUCAGUGCUUUUAACAGCGUUCUUUAUUCAGCUACAUCAAUGUAACACCAAAGUUGAUACGAAGCUUUGCUAAUUGCGAAGCCACUAUUUAAAUGGAUACAUGACCUCUCAGUCACGCAACCUUUUCUUAUUUAUUUUCUUAGGCAUCACACUCCAUCUAGCCAAGUGAAGCAUGCAAAAGAUAAAACUCCUCUUUUAGUCUUCAAAACUGAAAGCCUAAACAUCAGCCAAAAUUAUUUCCUCUGUUACACAAUGAAUCCCAGCUGCAGCAGCCAGAUAGAAACAGUUUCUCUUGUCAACAAAACGCAACAACUGUCUAAUAAAACAGUGGUUUUUGAAUUCGAGAGUACCCUGUUACGAUCAACUUCACUGUUCUCUUACUUCAUGCUCGUUGCUUUUGAAGCUGGUGGGUUGCUAAGAUCUCUCAUUUUCUUUCUUUCAUACCCUUUGGUUUGGCUACUAGGUGAAGGCCAACUAGGCUUGAAUAUUAUGGUUUUCUUGUGCCUUUUUGGCAUAAAAAAGGACACGUUUAGAAUAGGAUCAGCAGUUCUGCCAAAGUUCUUCUUAGAAGAUGUGGGCUGGGAGGGUUUUGAAGCUGUUAUGCGAUGUGAGAGAAAGGUGGCAUUGACUAAGUUGCCUAGGGUCAUGGUUGAAGGUUUCUUGAAGGACUACUUAGGGGUUGAGAGUGUAGUAGCAAGAGACGUUAAAUCCUUCAAAGGGUAUUUUUUGGGAUUGUUCGAGGAAAGUAAGGAAAACAAUACUCGUUUAUACGAGGCAAAAGGAGACAACGAAAACACCUUUCGCAUCACUGGUAACCAUAUUGGGUAUAUUGACCGAGAACUUUUCCCUGAAUUCAAGAAGGUCUGCCUUAUCCUAAAAUCCAAGGAGAGGAGAAAUUGGCACGUGCUUCCCAAAGAGAGGUAUCCAAAGCCACUGAUCUUCCAUGAUGGAAGGUUGGCUUUCAGGCCAACAGGAGCAUCUGCUUUGGCUUUCUUCAUGUGGCUACCCUUUGGACUAUUCCUUUCCAUCUUGAGAUUCACAUUGGGCAUUGCGCUACCCUUCAAUGUGUCCGCUCCAAUAUUGGCUUUCUCAGGGACAAGAACAACCGUUUCAAGACCCGAGAACCCUCUGUCUUUGUUCCAAGAUGAGGAAAACCAAAAGGGUGUGCUCUAUGUGUGCAACCAUAGAACCUUGCUUGACCCACUUUACAUUGCAUAUGUCUUGGACAAACCACUCUCUGCAGUUACAUACAGCUUGAGUAGAUUCACCGAGCUUGUUGCUCCCAUCAGAACUAUAAGACUAACAAGGGAUAGAGAGCGAGACAGAGAGACAAUGAACAAAUUGCUGAGCCUAGGCAACCUCGUUGUGUGUCCUGAGGGAACAACUUGCAGGGAACCUUAUUUAUUAAGGUUCAGUCCUUUGUUUGCUGAGCUCACAGAUGACAUUGUUCCUGUGGCUGUAAAUGUGAAGGUUAGCAUGUUCUACGGAACAACGGCCAGUGGGCACAAAUGUUUGGACCCCUUUUUUCACUUCAUGAACCCAAAUCCUACGUAUUUCGUUAAAAUCCUGGACCAGUUACCUCGGUCACAAACAUGUCAGGAAGGAGGGAAAUCAAGAAUCGAAGUUGCCAAUUCUGUGCAACGUGAGAUUGGGAAUGCUUUAGGAUUUGAGUGCACCAGCUUGACCAGAAAAGACAAGUAUAUGAUCCUGACUGGUAACGAGGGUGUCAAUGUAGGGCCUUGCCAUAACAGUAAGUAGCCCUACUAUGUUAAUGUUUUUAUAAAUAAAAAAUCUGAAGUUACAUAUUUAAA